AUGGUGCUUUUUCAGAACGUUGGCGGCUCGGUGACGUUUCUGCUGCAGAUCGCGCUGCUCGCGUGGGGCAUACGGCAGCUGCGCAGCGUGCUCGCGAAGCGGCGGGAAACGCGCCAGCGCAAUCAGGGCAGCAGCGCCGGCGCCUCUCCCGCCUUCGCCUCGCUCUCCCCGCUCGCCGCGCUCAUGAUGGCGGGGUGGACGGGGGAAAGCGGGGGCGCAAGCGGCGGAGCUGGCGCAGGGGGGGCGGGGAGCAGCAGCGCGGGGGCUGGCGUUUCCGCGCCAAGCCUCACCGCGGCUGGAAACGGGGCAGGCGGGGGCGCGGGUGAAAUCGGCGCAGGGAGGAUAGGCGCAGGGGGCGAGGACGGGGGAGUGGCGGAAGCGGGAGGUCUGACACCAACAGCAAGAGCAGCAGCAGUGGGGGGAGCAGAAGCAGGGGCAGUAUUGGGGGGGGACGGUGGAGGCGGGGGGGGAUGGGGGGGCAGAAACGCGGUGGUUGUGCCUCACGCGGUGAUAGAUGUGCGGGCGAGGGAUUUAUCGAAAAGCCAGCCCAUCCCGCUGCCGUCCCCACAUGUUCUCAACAUUCCAGAGAGCGAUCUGCUACAGGCGCUGCAGCUGCCAGCAGCAGCCUGGGAGCACCGCUUCCACGACACGCGGCAGCCGGACCGCCGCCACCUGCUGCUCUUCCUCUCCUCGCACGGCAACUCCGCCCAGCGCGCCGCCACAGUCGCCGCCUCCCUGGGAUACACCCGCUCCUGCGUGCUCGCGGGGGGGCUCGACGCCCUCAAGAAGUUUCUUGCUGCUUCCGCUGCUGCUGGUGCCCCUGCCCCGUCGCCUUCGGCUGGUGGUCUGGGCGGAGGGGGAGGAGGCGGGGGAGCGGGAGGAGCGGGGGGAGGAGCAGGGGGUGCUGGGUUGGCCGCAACUCCGUCGGCUCAUUCUCACUCAUCCGCCGCAGCCGCCGCCGCCGCCGCUGCUGCUGCUCUGGGCUCGUCCUCCUCGGCGUUGUCGUCUGUGCCCUCUGCAUCGGCGGCUGCAGCGCCGUUCCACUGGAUACCGUCCACAGCAGUAUCAGUCAAGAACAUAUCCCGGGAUGCAGUGGCGCUGCUGCUGGCGCGCAAGGGAGGGCAGUACCCCCACACGCUCAUCCUCCAGUCUAGGCCCGCCCCGCCCUCUGCUGCCCCUCUUCCUCCCCUUGCUUCUCCCCCUGCCUCCGACCACCCGGCCGCUGCUGUUGCCUCUUCCUCUGCCCCUGCUGCUCCCGCUGCCGGGUCUGCUGCUGCUGAUUCUGCCAGCGUUCAGGACGCUGGUGCUGGCGUGGGGGAAGGGGAGAAGCACGGGGUGCGAGAGGAGGGUGGGGAGGGGAGGGAGAAUGGAGUAGCUGAGGGGUUGGAGGCGAGGGGGUAUCCAGGGGCGGAUGAGGAAGGACGAGGGGUAGAUGGGCUAGGUGGGGUGGGAGGGGAAGGAAGCGCAGGAGGGGAAGGCGCCACAGGGGCAGGGGGGGGGCGAAAUCGGGGAGAAGAAGGAGGGGGAGUGGAUGGCAGAGGGGGAGAGGGUAGAGAGAGGGAGGGAGAGGGGGUUGAAGCAGAGGGACAUGGGAGGGGAGCAGCAGCACAGGAAGGGGGAGGAGUGGGGCGGGUGGUGUGGGAGGAGGUGGGAGGAGGCAAGCCGUGGUUCUAUUUGGUUGAUGUGAGACGGUUCGAUGAGCGUGUGCUGUAUGGUGGGAUACCCGGCUCCGUGCACAUACCAGCGGAGGUGUGGCCAGUGGCACUGUCACUGGGCGAGGAGGCAUGGAAGCAGCGCUACCAGUGGCCCAAGAUGGAACCCCACUCCCUGCUCAUCCUCCACUCCAACACGGGAACUCGAGCGUAUUGGGCAGCCCAAGUGGCACGAGAUGCAGGCUACAACAGGUGCUUUGUGAUGCGGGAGGGCACACACGGGUGGCGCCUGCACCCCUCUGUCUGCGUCUAUGACGACUAUCCCGAGGUACCUGCUCCCCUUCUUCCCCCCUUCUCUCCUGCUCUCCUGAUCCCCUCCGCACACCACCCCAGCCAACGCUCUCCCUCUCUAUCUCCCCCUCUUCCCCUCUCUCCCUCCCCCCCUCCCUCCAUCCCCCUCCAUGGCCUACCUGUGGAGCAGGGGGGAGUGCCACCGGCACCGCAGUCAUUCGCAGUGGAAGCAGUGGAUGAGGGCAUGGCAGAGCAACAGCAGCAGCACCUCAGGCUGCUCCCUCACCUUUCCCCCCUCUUGCUCUGCCUCCUUCCCUCCCUCCCCUCCUCCCUCCCUCCCUGCAUGCUCUACCUGUGGAGCAGGGGGGAGUGCCACCAGCACCGCAGUCAUUUGCAGUGGAAGCAGUGGAUGAGGGCAUGGCAGAGCAGCAGCUCAGACUGCUCGGCAUUGCACUCUGACUCCAAUGAAUGCACACCCUUCCAGCAGUCUCCCCUCCACCCCUCCACCCCUCCUCCCCCUCCGUCCCCUCCGUCCCCUCCGUCCCCUCCUCCCCUCCUCCCCUCCUCCACUCCUCCAUGUCCCAAUAACCAACACACCCAGCGCAUCACAUCAUCAUACCAGAUGUCAUUCCGAACCGAGUCACAACUCACGAGUCAAGUCACACCAUCACCUGGCUGCUUGUUUGGGCAGCGCUGGACGAUGCUUGCCCAGACUGCCCUGCUACUCCUCCCGCCUCUGCUGCCAUUACCAAAUCCCCCGACCCUUGUUGCUGCUGCAUUUGCUGCUGCUGCUGUAACUGCUGCUGCUGCUGCUGCUGCUGCUGCUGCUGUUGCUGCUGUGCAAGAAUCUGUUGCAUGGCCAUUUGUUGCAGCACCUGCUGGGGCUGGGGGCAUUGCCAAGGAAGGAGUGUGCGCACGAUGCCAUCACAUGCCGGGAGGGAGGGUAGAAAGAUGA